AUGAAACGCCGGUUUAUUAAUCUGGUGCAGGACACCUUGAAGAACGGCUCCUUCACGAUGCACCGCAUCAGAUCGUCGAGCCUCUUCCACCCAAGGAAACAUAAGGGAAACCCAUCGCCACCGACAUCGCCGGUAGAAGCCAAGCUGCCUAAACCCGUAUGCACACUCAAUCUUUCCAUCCGCAAGGAAAACGGCGGGGAGUUCAUGUUCAUGCCCUUUGGCAGCGGCAGGGACAAGAUCGUCAGCGCGGACCAGGAUGGCAUCGUCCUGGUUCACAACAUCCGCCAGAAGAGGCUCUCCAGCAUGCCCAGGCUCAAGUCGUGGAAUGGUAACUCCGUCGCCGUCACACUGGGCAACGACCUGUACCUCAUCGACAGGUGCCCUUACGAGCUUUGUCGGUUUCAGUCCUACCAAUCCUGCUUCAAAGCCCUCAUCCACGGUAAACCUCCAGCCGACGUGCAUGGUCUUCGAGGCUGGUACUGGCAUUCCCUUCCGCCGCCCCCCUACGUAGAGGCCUCCGGGUACGAGCCUAGCUGCGACUCCAAGAUCGACUCCUCCGCCGUUGUCCGUGACAGCAUCUGGUUCUCUGCCAGGGCUGGCAUUGGUACCUACUCCUUCGACACGGGCAGCCGCGAGUGGAGGAAAGUCGGCAGCUGGGAGCUCCCGUUCCGCGGCAACGCUCAGUACGUCCCUGAGCUCGGCCGCUGGCUCGGCUUUUCCCGUGGAAGAGAAAACCAGUUCCUCUGCGCUUCGGACCUCUCGGCGGCGGCAACGGAUGGGGCGGCGCCCACUCUGUGCCGCGUUUGGCAAGAGGAUAUGGCUACAUACCCGGAGAAUUGGGUGCUGCUGACGUCUGACCUUGUGCGUGUUGAUGCCCGCAGGUUCUGCAUCGCCAGGCAGUUUGAGGUCUGCGACGAUGAGUACCACUUCACUGACGAGAAUUUUGCUGUGUUCACGGGCGUGGAGCUGAAGCGUAGCGACACAGCUGAGGACGGGAUCCAGGUGGUCAAGCAUAAAUCCAUACGGUACAACUUUGAUCGUGAGCUGCUCCAGUUGGUAUGUUAA